CACCAAACCCUGCUGGCUGACAGCAAACCUUCGUCGUAGAAAGUAUAUAAGGGAGAGAGGAUCCACUGAGAGACCAAAGUCCAGACACGAGCAGAUCAAAGGAAGCUUGGUGAAAGAGCCAGUAGUGAUAAUCUCGUGGACUUCUCUUCAUCAUGCAUCCUCCACCUAUGCCCCGACCACACAGCGACAGGUCUUCGCACACUGUCUCCAAAUGGACUACACCCAUCCCUCAAUGUUCACUCCCCCGGUUCGUCUUUGGCUCCCCUCGACGCUCCCUGAGUAGCCGAAAGAUCCUCAUCGAUGCCGACUCCCCGGAUACGAGAGCUUUGUCGCUGGCAGAAUACCGACUCCUCUCUGCUCGUGUAGCAGUGGGCUUGCAGAAAAUGGGCGUUAACCCGAAGGAUCGCGUUUUGUGUGUGACCUCCAAUGCCCUCUGCUAUCCGGCACUCCUCAUGGGCACCGUGAUGGCCGGGUGUAUCUUCGCGUCUGGACAACCUGCUCUCAACCAGGCCGAAUUUCAUCGUCUCAUCUCUUUCUCAAAACCUUCGGUAAUUUUUGCCAGCCGUGCCACCCUUCCAGUUGCCCUUCAAGCCGCGCGCAUGGCAAAUCACCCCGAUGACCGAAUUUUCGUCUUCGAUGAUGAUAUCUUGGACGGCUGCGGCGAGCCGGAAGGCCCGAUUCAGCACUGGCAGACGAUGGUGGCAUCCGAAUGGGAGGGAUCCCGCUUUUGGUACCCCACUGUCAUUUCUUCGCAGGAGUACAACAGCACAAUCAUGCUUCUUUUUACUUCCGGGACCACUGGUGAGCCCAAGGGUGUAGAACUGUCGCAUCGCAACUACAUUGCUGCAGCGAUGGGAUACAUCCGGCGAAUCUCCUCGCAUCCGGCUUGGAAAUACAGCCCUCGCCUUGGAGGCCCUGAAAACGUCCGCGUGUUGGGUUCCCUUGCGAUCAAUCACAGUGUUGGGCAGCGGUCGUAUUGCGCCAUAUUUCCCAGGAUGGGUGUUCCGCUGUACUUGAUGCGACGCAACGACUUUCGAAGCAUCUGCGAGGCAGUUGAGCGGUUCCAAAUCACGGAUGCAAUCAUUCGGAGCUCUGUUCUUACCUCCAUGGCAAAGAAUGCCCCCGUGUGUCGACAAUACGAUCUGUCAUGUCUCCGACGUGUCGAAGCGUGUGCUGCGCCGAUGAGCCAGUUCACGAAAUUCAAGCUGGAAAGUCUGGGAAUUGGAUACGUUGCCCGUGCCUGGGGGCUUACAGAAACGGGAACUAUCACUGGGCCUGAUCCCCUGCGCCCGCCCAAGUCCGAGACGGUCGGGCAACUGAACGCGACAUACGAAGGGAAAGUGACCGAUUCCAGCGAUCCCUCUCUGACAUUAAAGACGGGAGAGGUUGGAGACAUCUGGAUCCGCACGCCGGGAUCAACUCGAGGAUACUGGAACAACCCAGCCGCGACAGAGCAGGUGAUGGGAGCCGGCGGCUGGAUCAGCACAGGGGAUGUAGGAUAUGUCGAUGAUGAAGGCAAUUGGUAUAUUGUCGACCGUAAAAAGGAUCUGAUCAAGGUUAAUGGAAGCCAUGUAUCUCCGGUUGAGAUUGAGUCUGUCCUACUACAGCACCCGCACGUCUGUGAUGUUGGGGUUAUCGGAGUCGCAGUAAACGAGGACGAGGGUCCCCGGGCCUAUAUCCAGACAUACCCCAAGACCUCUGUGUCCGCUGAGGAAAUCCAUGAGCUCAUAUCGGAAAAGCUACCUCCAUACAAGCGUCUGUCAGGCGGCAUCUCGUUCAUUGAAAAGAUUCCUCGGAACGCGUCCGGCAAGGUGUUGCGCAGUGAGCUUCGGCAACUAGCCAUUUCGGAGCUGGGAGACUAUCUAGGAAACUACCACGGCACUAUGGUCUACAAUAUCACCGAAAAGGAAACCCAGCCCACCAUCUGGAGCCACAUCAACGGCUCCGAGGGCGAUAUACUCGAUCGCUACUGCAUCUCCGAGCUCUGCAAGGGCUGGCCAGUCUAUCGCGAUGCCUCUGAAUGGAACCACUACCGCCAUCUGUUUGUCGACAAGGGCGCUUUUGUCUUUACUACCUGGAGCGGCGGGCUCCCUAUCGACGACUUCAUCAAGACAUCCAUUAAGGGACGCGCCAACGGAGACCACAUCAUGCACCGCGAAAACGGCACCCUCGUCGAUCUGAAUCCGACCACCAGCCGCGCCAUCGGUAAGAUGAAGGCCACCAUCACUCAACGCUUCAACUGGGACGGAGGAGGAGAUUGGAAAGUGGUAUACAUAAAAUUGUUCUACGAGAAGGAUCGCGUCACGCCUGCAGAUGGUCAGACGGUGCCCAAAUUUGACCGGGCGGAGUUGGAGAAAUACCCCAAGGGUUACCAGUAUCUGGCGGUGGCACAGGCCAAGCUAGGCCACCCGAUCUUGAAUGAUUUGCCGACGAUGAACAAUAAGGCAUUCUACAAAUUGUACGAGGCGAUGGAUGCGUGGAUGGAGGCCCGACCGGUAGGAGAUCUACUGGAGAUUCCCAAGGAAGCGUCGCCACGGUAUUGA